AUUACUUCACUCGGGAUGGAGUCUCAAAGCUCCCUCCACCCCCAAACCGACGGCAGACUUCGAGACAAAAAGCCAGCUCCUCCGCCGUCUGUCAAAGAAAUUCAAGUCCAUGUUGAGAAGUUGAAAGCCCAAGUCCAAGCAUUGACAUCAGCUCUUCCUCCACCCCAUGGGUUGCCUGCAUGUUCUAGCCACCAACCGGAGACCACCGGAGGGUCAGCCUACCCCAAUGGGACGUCAAUCCCUCCUCCACCUCCACAACCAUGGGAUCUCUCAUACCUUGAGGCCCACCUGACUCUCGGUUUCAUGGCUGACCCUGGGCACGGCAAGCCUUUGGCACGUUCAAUCCUGGACCAGCCCAACCCCCCGAACUUCCAAAUGCCUCACCACCUUCCAGAAUACUACGACACUUCCGACCCAGAGGAUCACCUCAGUGCCUUCCAGAUUUUGAUGCCUUUCGUGGGGGCAUCUGACGCUACCAUGUGCAAACUCUUCCCCACAACCCUCUGGGAGUGGCAUUUCAAUGGUAUAUACUCAGUUGCGAAAUGGCAUAAUCACCUGCUUUGAGGAGUUCGCCACCCUCUUUCGAGCCAAGGUUUUUGCCCAGAAACGGCCAAAUGUGGAUGUGUCUCGCCUCAUGAGAACAAAACAAAGAGAAUACGAGACCCUUAAGGAUUAUUACUCUCGAUUCAGCACGAUUGUUGUCGAGGUUACCAACCUAACCACAGAAAAUGCAACUCAUGCCCUCGUAUUUGGAAAAAGCAACUCUCUUCUCCGAGCGUCACUCAUAAAGUGGUGCCCCCACAACAUGAUGGAUCUCCAUGAACGGGUGUCCAAAUACAUUUCCCUCAAUAAAACCUUACAAGAGGC